CAGGAACCAACCGUAGAGGACGUAGCGUAGUCGUGCUAGAACACUCGAUAUCUUGACCAGCUGAGCAACAAUUUAAUUUAGAAGAAAAGCAUUUCUUAACAUUGAUAUCCAAGAGUAUUCAUCAGUUUGAGUAGUCACUCGAUCGUGAACUGAUUACGCAUUGCAUGAGUGGUAUCUGAAAAACUUGAAGAUCAUCAGAGAAGGUCCAGUGUAAGUCGAGGAAAAUUUAUAAUAAUGGAUGUGUGUACGCCGGAUUCUCUGUACCACAACAACAAUAACAACAACAAGAAGAACACUCUACAUCAGAAUAACAAGUACAACGACCUACUUCAAGGGAAGGUAUCUACUCUUCAGGAAUUGAUUGAUCAAUUAUAUAAUGCCUUCAACACCGAUGUGGUCGACAUUGAUCAUGUUCAAGCAAUCAUGGCUUCGUACAAAAGCAAUCCUCAGGAGUGGAAAAAAUACGCCAAAUUCGACAGAUACAGAUACACAAGAAAUCUGGUUGAUGAGGGUAAUGGGAAGUUUAAUUUGAUGAUCUUGUGUUGGGGCGAGGGCCAUGGGUCUGCUAUACAUGAUCAUGCUAAUGCUCAUUGCGUUAUGAAAGUUCUUCAGGGUGAACUUCUUGAGACCAAAUAUGAUUGGCCACGUUCGUGUAGGGACUCUGGCGACAAUGAAGAGCCUGAGGAACUUCAAGAAACAAAUAAAAAUGCAAUUGGAUUAAAUCAUGUUUGUUAUAUCAAUGACUCCAUUGGACUUCAUCGGGUGGAAAAUCCAAGCACUGUUAAUCCAGCUGUUUCUCUGCAUCUUUAUUCGCCACCAUUUUCUUCGUGUUCAGUUUUUAAUAAGCAGACUGGUCAAAAGUCAGUCUGUAACGUCAUUUUUUGGUCCAAAUAUGGAGAACGUCGCAGUAGGAACGUUCAAGAUGCCAGGGCUCCAGAGGAUAAUUAAAAAUAGUUUCAAAAAUGAGAGCCUGCCGUCUCAUCACGUUUGCACGCCAACUUUUCUUUCUACUUCAACUGUACGUUGAAUAUCACUGCAUUGGCAAUUGACAACAAGCUCAAGCCGAAUAAUGAAUAUAUUGUUUCUUUUCAAAAUUUGACAUAAGAUAUUUUCAGAAUAAUCGAAAUCGAUAAUUCUGAAUAUUUCGGUUAAGUAUACUUUACUGUAGGUACUUAAUAUUAUUUAUACGAUAUAAUUAAAAGUAAUUUCAUAAAGUAAUAAGAUGUACCUAUGAACAUCUCGAAGCUUCAAAGGCUCGAAAUGCUAAAUGAUUGUUCCUUUUGCUCGUAUAUCUUUAUUCUUACGAUAUAGUACAUAUACCUAAUUAAUAUUGUACAACCGUUUCCAUUUUGAUUGUUUCUUUUAUAUUUUACGCAAUUUAUCUCACACUUUUUCUUUAUCCUACAAACAUUGUUGCCAUGGUUGUUUACAGCUGACUUUCUUGUAUUGUUUACCUACGAAAUGAAUCGAACUGCAGAUAAGAACAACAAAUAAGAAUCCUACAAUAAUAAGUCAACCCUCCUCGCUAAUAUCAUAAUAAAAAAAAAA